AUGGAUUACAAUGGAGAACUGGGUACAGGCACAGUGCUUCACUGGAACUACAGAGGAUUCACUGAAUUUCCUCUAAGUCAACUUGAAGGUGACGAAGCAGAUGUCACAGAUAUAUAUUUAAAGGAAAAUCUUUUAACACGUUUACCAAGUAACAUCGGUAUUUUGGAGCAUUUAGAGAGUUUGUAUGUAAGCGGUAAUGAUAUAACCGAGCUACCAAGAGAGAUAGCGAAGUUGCGAUGUCUCAAGUGUUUAGAUGUGAGUGGGAAUAGAUUGAAGCGUAUUCCUGAUGAAAUAGGCGAAGCGCGAAUUUGA